AUGAAUUUAUUCUCCUUUCCUGCCUUUAAUCUUUCAUUACACAUUUUUAUGAACGCGCUAAAUUGUUGCAAAGUGCAUUCUGUACCUAGCAAACUCUCCCCAAGCAACAACAUAUUAAUUACGAACUUACAGGUAAAUAAACAUUUCAGUCCCGAAUGGAGGAUCCCUCAAGUUGAAAGAUGUUUGGUAGGAUUUCGCCUCCACAAGGGAAUUAGAAGGAAGGGAAAAUGUUUCCAUUACGUGGGAAUACAUGCCAUAGGGGGGGAAUCCCAAUUUGGUAGAAAACUCAACCCAGUGGUACCUUCAAAAAGGAGAACAUUUUCCAAUGUGCGGAAUUUACAGAUUAGGGGGGAGAAGGACAUGCAAAAUGGUGAUGGGGUGCGUACCGACACUGACAUAGGAAGUGGUAAGAAUGACCUCCACAGAACCGAUGGGACGAAAGAAAAGUUGAAUGAUGAUCAGGAGAAAUGCCUGAUAACCCCAGAAUUGAUAAAAAAUAUAAAAGAAAACGAAAAUGGAGACGAUGUGGGUACCCCGUCCAGUGAGACAGAAAAAGGAAAUUUUAAUUUUUUGGAACAUUUCACAACGGAAGGUGAAAACUCUUUAGUUAGUAAUUUAAAACCAGAAGAAAGCAAAGAACUUAUAGAUAGCGAUCAUUUUAAAAAGAUGAUGGACGAUUUGAACAUAAAAGAGGAAGAAAUUAUGAAGCAGCUUACAAGAAGCGAAAAAAAUGUUUCCAGUUUGAUUAAUAAAAAUUUAUCCCUAGAGCAGAUUGAAAAAAAUGCAAAAAAUGAAGAGGCACAAAAUGAAGAACUCUUUGAUACCUACAUGAACAGCAACAGCUCCAAAGUUGGGAACUUUAUUAACUUUAAAAAAAUUGGGAAAAAAUAUAAAGACGUUAUUUCGCAUGUUAUAGCCAUUUUUUUGAGUAAAGGAAAAAAAUUUACAGAAAUGAUCAAACUGAUAGAAGAAGACAAAAGCGAAAUAAAUAUGUGUAUCUCCCUUUUGGAAGAAGAUGUUCUUUUCAACAAUUUAAGUAAAGAUGUCUUAAUGGAAAUUGUUAAGAAGUCCGUUUUAUUUGGACACUUGAAUGAGAAAUUUUCAAACGACGCAGAGAAUUUCGAAUGGAGUAAACAAAUCGAAAGGUGCAUUAUGCAGUCAGUGUGUAAUCAUAAUUUUAAAAUAAAACUUAUUACGUAUUCGCAUAAUAGCAUAAGUGUGACUGUGGUAAGCAUGAAAAGUGUGCAUAUAGAUUCGGACGAGCAUGACGAGUAUGACGAGAUUGAGGGUUCCAUAAAGAAUGCCCUGGAGGAGUAUGAACGGGUUAAUGGCCUAGACAUCCUUUCUUCCUUUAACAUCCUCGUGCACUUUAGUUGA